CAGCGCAAAAUAGUUCCCACACGAAGAGAUACCAUUUACUUGUCGUUGCUUUGGUCACAAAUUAUAAAUGAACUCCUGACAACAUCUCCUUGGUGAUUUCUUUUGAUGUUUUUUUUGUGAAAUCUGCGGUUGGGUUUGGGUUUGAUUUUACUUCUCCUCCGAAAACGGUUUAUAUAUUUCAGUGGAGAUAAAAAUAAAGAGCCUGCGAACUAUUUCUCGUCGAAACCUUCCACUCGUCCGGUGGGCGCCAUCUUAAGUCACACGGAAGCACGGUCCAGGAGGAGUGAGGCGCCGGUGGACAGUUCUCUGCGUUAAAGAUUUCACACCUUUCAGGAUCUGGUGCAUUGGAAACAUACUAAAUAACUAUCGGCGAAUUGGAAGAUGGCGACUCAAUUGCUUCCAAUACGUUUUCAAGAGCAUUUACAGGUAGAAAAUUUAGGAUUUAAUGCCUCCAAUAUUGGGUUUAGUACCCUUACUAUGGAAUCAGAUAAAUACAUAUGUAUAAGAGAAAAGGUUGGAGAAACUGCUCAGGUUGUCAUUAUUGAUUUAAAUGAUGCCACCAACCCAAUUCGCCGGCCUAUCUCCGCUGACUCUGCCAUCAUGAACCCAGCAAGUAAAGUUAUUGCAUUAAAAGGACAAAAUGGUGAAGCAGGAGAUUCUCAACCCCAAAAGAUGUUCGAUCGUCAUUCAAGUCUUGCUGGAUGUCAAGUCAUCAAUUACCGGACCGAUGAAAAGCAACAGUGGCUUCUGUUGAUAGGAAUAUCAGCCCAGGUAAAUGCUGAAAACUCUGCUGUGACACCACCAACUCAGCAAAACCGUGUAGUUGGAGCCAUGCAACUUUAUUCAAUGGAGAGGAAAGUAAGUCAGCCAAUAGAAGGCCAUGCAGCUGCAUUUGCCCAAUUUAAAAUGGAUGGUAACCAAGCUCUUUCUACGUUGUUUUGUUUUGCUGUCAGAGGAGCACAGGGAGGAAAGCUACAUAUCAUUGAAGUCGGUCAGCCACCUCAAGGGAACUCACCAUUUACAAAGAAAGCUGUUGACGUUUUCUUUCCUCCUGAAGCCCAGAAUGACUUUCCUGUUGCUAUGCAGACAAGCAAUAAACAUAAUGUGAUAUUUCUAAUCACCAAAUAUGGCUACAUACAUCUCUAUGACAUAGAAACUGCAACAUGUAUUUACAUGAACAGGAUCAGUGGUGAUACCAUUUUUGUAACUGCUCCACAUGAGCCCACUAAUGGAAUCAUUGGUGUAAACAGAAAGGGACAGGUUUUAUCUGUGAGCAUUGAAGAAGAUAAUGUUGUUCAGUACAUCACAACAACUUUACAAAAUCCUGAUCUUGCUUUGCGCUUAGCAUCUCGUUGCAACUUGCCAGGUGCAGAAGAUCUCUUUGUUCGCAAGUUCAAUAACCUCUUCCAGAAUGGACAGUAUGCAGAAGCAGCUAAGGCUGCUGCUGGAGCACCAAAAGGUAUCCUCAGAACACCACAAACAAUUCAACGUUUCCAACAGGUUCCUGCUCAACCUGGGCAAACAUCACCUCUUCUGCAGUAUUUUGGUAUCCUUCUGGAUAAAGGUCAAUUGAACAAAUAUGAAUCUUUAGAACUUUGUCGACCCGUACUUCAACAAGGACGUAAACAACUUUUGGAAAAAUGGCUGAAAGAAGACAAGCUUGAGUGCAGUGAAGAACUUGGUGAUUUGGUUAAAGCUGCUGACCCAACCCUAGCUUUAUCUGUGUACCUCAGGGCAAAUGUUCCGAACAAGGUGAUCCAAUGUUUUGCUGAAACAGGACAAUUCCAAAAGAUAGUCCUUUAUGCCAAAAAAGUGGGUUACACACCAGACUAUAUCUUUUUAUUGCGGAACAUAAUGCGCAUGAACCCUGAACAAGGACUUCAGUUUUCACAGAUGUUGGUUCAAGAUGAUGAGCCUCUUGCUGAUCUUAAUCAGAUUGUUGAUGUUUUCAUGGAAUUCAAUUUGAUUCAGCAAUGCACAUCAUUCCUAUUGGAUGCACUCAAAAACAACCGUCCUUCUGAAGGACCACUCCAAACUCGCCUCCUUGAAAUGAACUUGAUGUCAGCCCCACAGGUCGGUUUUCAUUGUGGAUUCUGUAUUUACUCAUUAACUUAUAGUUUUUUUUUUUUUCUUCUUCUUGCAGGUCUCUUUUAUUUCUUGGGAUCAAUUGUCAAUUUUAGCCAAGAUCCUGAUGUCCAUUUCAAGUAUAUCCAAGCAGCUUGCAAGACUGGUCAGAUCAAAGAAGUUGAAAGAAUUUGCCGAGAAAGCAACUGUUAUGAUCCAGAGAGAGUUAAAAAUUUCCUAAAGGAAGCCAAACUUACUGAUCAACUACCAUUGAUUAUUGUCUGUGAUAGGUUUGACUUUGUACAUGACUUAGUCCUUUAUCUAUACAGAAACAACCUCCAGAAAUACAUUGAAAUAUAUGUGCAAAAAGUAAACCCUGGCCGACUCCCUGUUGUCGUGGGAGGCCUACUUGAUGUUGAUUGCUCUGAAGAUGUUAUUAAGCAACUUAUUAUGGUUGUGAAAGGACAAUUUUCCACAGACGAGCUGGUUGAAGAGGUAGAGAAAAGAAAUAGAUUGAAACUCCUCCUUCCUUGGUUAGAAAUGAGAGUUCAUGAGGGUGUGACUGAAUCAGCCACCCACAAUGCCUUAGCCAAAAUUUACAUUGACAGUAAUAAUAAUCCUGAAAGAUUUCUGAGAGAAAACCAGUACUAUGAUAGUAGGAUUGUUGGCAAGUACUGUGAGAAACGAGAUCCGCACUUAGCUUGUGUGGCUUAUGAGAGAGGAUUAUGUGAUCAGGAAUUGAUUAACGUUUGCAAUGAAAACUCUUUAUUCAAGAGCGAGUCUCGUUACUUAGUUAGAAGAAGGGAUCCAGAUCUUUGGGCUAUUGUGUUAAAAGAAGAGAAUGAAUAUAGAAGACAACUCAUCGAUCAGGUGGUCCAGACUGCUCUGUCAGAAACCCAAGAUCCUGAAGAUAUUUCUGUGACUGUUAAGGCAUUUAUGACCGCUGACCUCCCCAAUGAGCUGAUAGAACUGCUGGAAAAAAUUGUUCUGGAAAACUCUGUUUUCAGUGAUCACAGGAAUCUGCAGAACCUGUUGAUCCUGACGGCCAUCAAGGCUGACCUAUUCUCAGCUGAAAAUAAGCACCAGCAGACUACUGAUGUAUUGAUUGACCAUGUUGCAAAUUUGGACAGAGCUUAUGAAUUUGCUGAGCGUUGCAAUGAUCCUGCAGUGUGGACACAGUUAGGUAGAGCUCAGCUCUCAUCAAGUAUGGUGAAAGAGGCAAUUGAUUCCUUUAUCAAAGCUGAUGAUCCUUCACAAUAUAUGGAAGUUGUUAAUGUAGCCAGCAGCAACAACAGCUGGGAAGAUCUUGUAAAAUUCCUGCAAAUGGCUAGGAAGAAGGCUAGAGAAACUUUCAUUGAAACGGAACUCAUUUAUGCAUAUGCAAAGACAAACAGAUUGGCUGAUCUGGAAGAAUUUGUUUCUGGUCCUAACCAUGCUAAUAUCACUCAAGUUGCUGACCGCUGCUUUGAUGAUAAAAUGUAUGAAGCUGCCAAACUCUUGUACAACAAUGUGUCUAACUACGCGCGUUUAGCUAUCACCUUAGUGCACCUUGGAGAAUAUCAAGGGGCUGUCGACAGUGCACGGAAAGCUAACAGUACAAAGACAUGGAAAGAGGUUUGCUUUGCUUGUGUAGACAAUGAAGAGUUUCGUCUUUCCCAAAUGUGUGGUCUUCACAUUGUAGUACAUGCAGAUGAAUUAGAGGAACUUAUAAAUUAUUACCAGGAUAGAGGAUUCUUUGAAGAGCUGAUCACACUUCUAGAGGCAGCCUUAGGUUUGGAAAGAGCUCAUAUGGGCAUGUUCACAGAAUUAGCCAUUUUGUAUUCUAAAUACAAACCUGAAAAGAUGAGAGAACAUUUAGAAUUAUUCUGGUCUCGUGUCAACAUUCCAAAGGUUUUGAGAGCAGCUGAACAAGCUCAUUUAUGGGCUGAACUUGUAUUCCUGUAUGACAAAUAUGAGGAGUAUGACAAUGCAAUUUUGACAAUGAUGAACCACCCAACAGAAGCCUGGCGUGAAAGCCAGUUUAAAGAUAUCAUAACUCGAGUGGCAAAUAUUGAACUUUAUUACAAAGCUCUGAUUUUUUACUUAGAUUUCAAACCAAUGUUAAUUAACGACCUUCUUCUAGUCCUCACACCACGUCUAGAUCACACCCGCUCUGUGAAUUAUUUCCUUAAAGUCAACAAGAUUCCAUUAGUGAAGCCCUACUUGUGGUCAGUACAAAAGAACAACAACAAAGCCAUCAAUGAAGCCCUGAAUGACCUGCUUAUCACUGAAGAAGACUACCAGAGUUUGCGGACGUCCAUUGAUGCUUAUGACAACUUUGAUAAUAUCUCUUUGGCACAACGGCUUGAGAAACAUGAGCUUCUUGAAUUCCGCAGGAUAGCUGCUUAUCUUUAUAAAGGAAAUAACCGAUGGAAACAAUCGGUGGACUUGUGCAAGAAGGAUAAACUUUUCAAAGAUUGUAUGCAGUAUGCAAGUGAAUCCCGUAAUGUAGAUAUUGCUGAAGAAUUAAUAGUUUGGUUCUUGGAACAGAAAAACUACGAGUGCUUUGCAGCCUGUCUUUUUCAGUGUUACGAUCUUCUGCGGCCUGAUGUAAUCCUCGAACUUGCAUGGCGUCAUAAUAUCUUAGACUUUGCCAUGCCUUAUAUGAUCCAAGUAAUGAGAGAGUAUACUUCCAAGGUUGACAGGUUGGAGCAGUCUGAAGCUGUGAGAAGUGAAGAGGAGCAAAAGGCCGAAGAAAGACCACUGGUCAUUGGUGAUACCCAAUUGAUGUUGACUGCUGGACCAAUGUCGAUGGGCAUGGCAAAUACCACUGGCCAGGCAUAUCCUAAUCCCACAAUGGUGGGAAUGGCAACUCCUAUGACCAAUCCAGGCUAUGGAUACAUGUAGACCGCGACAGCUCACCUGCCCAACCAGCCAGCAGCAUGUAAUUUUUAUGGAAACUAAUUGGACUGGCUUAUGAAAAGGCCAGCAGUUUCUGCUGCCUUAGACCUUUAUACUCUGCAGCAUUCAUUUUAGGGUGGACUUACAUUGUAUGGGAAGGCACAUAAUGCUAUUCUAAUGAACAUUUUCGGGACACAAGCUGACUGGUGGAAUUGUGUAAUUGAUUUGAUGGACCAGUCAAUGGAUUCAUAAAGACAACUCACUAGCCUGAAAUACACCUACAUUUUUUUUAAUGCACACAUUUAUACACACAUGAACAUUUGAAAAUAUUGUCGAAACGGUUUUCAUCAAAACCAGAAUUGAUGUGCUGCUUUCAGCAGUGAGCUUGUAGUGAGUCAGACUAGUUUAAAAUUAAAUAAAAUAAAUAUUAAUGGGCUUGGCUAAGGUACCACCAAAAGAUUGGUGUUGCUUAGAGGGUGGGUAAUGAAGUCGGAUAGCUUGACAAGAUCAGGUCUUAGGGGAGUGGAGAACCAGGGGUUUGGUUGGGGUGGGUCAGGCAGGGUGCACAACCAUUCCGUAGCUGAAAGACAUCUAUGGGAGAGAUGCUGUCUAGGAGAGGGAUAUGAAUAUUCAUCGGCUUGUUUUUUGAAUAGCUUUGUCAAUUAUGUAGAACUCCUGAUGCCAGGAAAAAUAUUGAAAAUUAAAACAAGAACUUUUGGGGGAUUAAAAAAGGUAAAAAGUAAUUAAAAAAUCUAGGAAAUUUAGUAGUUGAAAGUAUAAAAUUCUUGUUUACUCUACACACUGUUGUGUAUUCAUUAACUCACGCACACUCAUGCAGUCCAGCAAGAAAACUAAACUAAUGGUGAGUUGAAUAGCCAUUAGAUUGCAUGUGUGUACUCAGUCUCAGAGAAACCUGUGUAAAUUAAUUUUUGUAGCCAUGGCUUUUAGUGGGAGAGAGCGUAUUGCUCCAGCUUUUUCUCCCCUUGACUUCUUUCUGGGAAGGAAAUUUAAAAUACAGUUUUCAGAAGACUCAUUUUCUCUCUUUCUCCCUCUCUCUUUUUCUCACACACACACUCUCUCUCUCUCUCGGUUUAUUUGUUCGCUAAAAUAUUGUAAACAGCUCAUGUUGCUCCUCAUCUUCAGACUGAAUAUUAUUAUUAUUAUAAGAGUUGUCGUUCAUCCUGCUAACUAGCAUGUACAGAACGUCAUUUAAUUGAAUAUAUGACAAGUAAACAGAAACUGGGCUCGCA